AUGAUUUGUAUUCGAGCACAAGUUCUCGCUGGUGCCCUGCAUAAUGGAGUCUUUGAGAUUUCAAAGGAAGUUGAAGAUUUGAUCAACCAACGCACACCUCAACAGCUGCUGGAAGCAUCCAAGCUCUUUAGGAGUCUUUCAAAAGAUGGGCCAGAUGCUAGUGUCUCCGAUGACUAUCAAUUGCAAGCUGCAGCGCUGGAGGAGGUAGCCGGAGCUAUUCAGGACAGCAAACAAUGCACGUUCAGCAAUGACAAUGAACUACCGGUAAUCAGAGCUUAUUCCUGGGUAACCCUCCGUGCCCUCAUCAGCCCUUCUGGCUCCGCAAUGAACGGGAAGUUGGGCCUUGUCUGUGAGAAUGGCUUGCAAAAUGGUCGACAUCUGGUGACAGUGGAUGGAUAUAAUGGAGUCAAGUGCAUCAAACCUGAAAACUUGGUGGAGAUUCCAGUUGAAGAGUACUAUGAGGCUCUGAUUUCCACCUUGGAGGAAGAAUUGCAAUGGAGGUUUGUGAGGAAUAUGAUGGAGCGUGAAGCAGUACCUAAACCUUUGGAGCCAAACCCGGAAAAGAAGAAAUCACCACAGUCAAAAUGUUGA